CCCCACAAGGAAUAUUAUAAAGAUAUAAAAUCACUUACAGACACAAACUACCCCCACUAAACCCUCGUUAAUUACAGUUUUAUCCCUACGCGGAGCUCAAGUACCUCUCUCUGUGUUCUGUCUUUCAACUGGUCGGAUCAGUAGAAAAAAGCUUGAGAACUUGAUACCUUUGAUUUCAAAACCCAUGGAAUCUGCCAAAGAGCGUGACACUUUCGUCUACCUCGCUAAGAUAUCUGAACAAGCUGAGCGCUAUGAAGAGAUGGUGGAGUCGAUGAAGAACCUUGCGAAGCUGAACGUUGAUCUAACGGUGGAAGAGAGGAACUUGCUCUCUGUUGGAUACAAGAACGUGAUCGGUUCGAGGAGAGCUUCGUGGAGGAUCUUCUCGUCGAUCGAGCAGAAAGAAGCAGUGAAAGGGAACGAUGUUAAUGUAAAGAGGAUCAAAGAUUAUAUGGAGAAGGUUGAGUUAGAGCUCACAAGUAUAUGCAUUGACAUAAUGUCUGUGUUGGACGAGCAUCUGAUCCCAUCUGCUUCUGAGGGUGAAUCAACUGUCUUCUUCAACAAGAUGAAAGGUGAUUAUUACCGCUAUCUUGCUGAAUUCAAAUCAGGGGAUGAGAGGAAAGAGGCUGCUGAUCAGUCUUUGAAAGCCUAUGAGAUUGCUACUACUUCUGCUGCGGCUAAACUCCCUCCUACCCAUCCUAUCAGAUUGGGCUUGGCAUUGAAUUUCUCUGUGUUCUACUACGAGAUCAUGAACUCACCUGAAAGGGCAUGUCACCUUGCUAAGGAGGCGUUUGAUGAAGCAAUCUCAGAGCUUGACAGUCUGAAUGAGGAAUCUUACAAAGAUAGCACUUUGAUUUUGCAACUCCUUAGGGACAAUCUGACCUUGUGGACUUCUGACAUUCCAGAAGAAGGAGAUGAUGCCCAUAAGACGAAUGGUUCUGCUAAACACGGUGCAGGUGGAGACGAUGCAGAGUGAUCUUAAAUGUGUGCACCCGCAGUAGCAGCAACACUGAACAAGUUUCAAGAACAACUGAAUGUGCGGUGAAUAAUAGUGAAAACCUAUAGUGCUUAUGUUUCCUGUAUUAUUAUUGUCUAUAUUGUACUCUCUGGUUUGAGUGUAUGCUUUGUGUCUCAAGAACACUCUCUUCUUAUUUGUGAUUUGUACUCAGUACUGUCUUCUUCACCCAUUGCUCUUCUCUCUCUCACUAUGUAUUCAUUCUUAUAACUCUGUUCACUUACUUUC